UUUAGAGAAGUAAGAAUAAUGAAGAUCUUAAAUCAUCCGAAUAUAGUGAAGCUAUUUGAAGUCAUUGAAACUGAAAAAACUCUCUAUUUAAUAAUGGAAUAUGCAAGUGGGGGGGAAGUGUUUGACUAUCUGGUUGCACAUGGAAGAAUGAAGGAAAAGGAGGCUAGAGCUAAAUUUAGACAGAUAGUAUCUGCAGUGCAGUAUUGCCAUCAAAAGCAUAUUGUUCAUAGAGAUCUCAAGGCGGAAAAUCUAUUGCUAGAUGCAGAUAUGAACAUUAAAAUAGCUGACUUUGGUUUUAGCAAUGAGUUUACAGUCGGAAAUAAACUGGACACCUUUUGUGGCAGCCCACCAUAUGCUGCUCCAGAGCUCUUUCAGGGGAAGAAAUAUGAUGGACCUGAAGUAGAUGUUUGGAGUUUAGGUGUUAUUCUUUAUACUCUCGUGAGUGGAUCUCUUCCCUUCGAUGGACAGAACUUAAAGGAACUUCGAGAAAGAGUGCUAAGGGGGAAAUACAGGAUUCCUUUCUACAUGUCCACAGACUGUGAAAACCUCCUCAAACGUUUCCUGGUGCUAAACCCAACAAAAAGAGGCACUCUAGAGCAAAUUAUGAAGGACAGGUGGAUCAAUGCAGGGCAUGAGGAGGAUGAACUUAAACCAUUUGUUGAACCAGAACUAGACAUCUCGGACCAGAAAAGAAUAGACAUUAUGGUAGGAAUGGGAUAUUCUCAAGAAGAAAUUCAAGAAUCCCUUAGUAAAAUGAAGUAUGAUGAAAUCACAGCUACGUACUUACUGCUAGGAAGGAAGUCAUCAGAGUUGGAUGCAAGUGAUUCAAGCUCCAGCAGCAAUCUUUCACUUGCCAAAGUUAGGCCAAGUAGUGAUCUUAAUAAUAGCACUGGACAAUCUCCUCAUCACAAAGUUCAGAGAAGCAUAUCUUCUAGCCAGAAGCAGCGGCGGUACAGCGACCAUGCUGGACCAUCCAUCCCCUCAGUAGUGGCAUAUCCCAAAAGAAGCCAGACUAGUACUACAGACAGUGACCUCAAAGAGGAAGGAAUUCAGUCGAGAAAGUCCAGCAGUAGUGCUGUUCCAGGAAGAGGAAUUGCACCAGCCAGUCCAAUGCUUGGGAAUGCCAGCAAUCCCAACAAGGCUGAUAUUCCUGAACGUAAGAAAAGUUCAGCUGUUCCUAGUAAUAAUACUGCCCCAGGAGCAAUGACACGGCGCAACACAUAUGUUUGUAGUGAAAGAACCACUGCUGAUAGGCAUUCAGUGAUACAAAAUGGCAAGGAGAACAGCCUGACAGAAAUGUUCGCUUACGCAGCUAGUCCUGCUUCAGUUUGUACCACAUCCUUCUCCAGUGUUCGGCUGCGACAUCAGAAGUCGAUGUCCAUGUCAGCCUCUGUGCACACGAAGAUGAUGUUGCCUCCAAUAGACAAUGGCGCAGAUAACUUCAGGCCUAUCACCAUUCCCGAUCAAAGAACUCCGGUUGCCUCGACUCACAGCAUCAGCAGUGCCACCACCCCUGACCGUAUCCGGUUCCCGCGCGGGACAGCCAGCCGGAGCACGUUCCACGGGCAGCUCCGUGAGCGGCGCACCGCCACCUACAACGGGCCCCCUGCCUCACCCAGCCUGUCCCACGAGGCAACUCCCCUCUCCCAGACCCGCACCCGGGGCUCCACCAACCUCUUCAGCAAACUCACUUCCAAACUAACCAGGAGGCUCCCGACUGAAUAUGAGAGGAACGGGAGAUUUGAGGGCUCAAGCCGCAAUGUAGCUGUGGAUCAGAAGGAUGAGAACAAGGAAGCCAAGCCUCGGUCGCUGCGUUUCACCUGGAGCAUGAAAACCACCAGCUCCAUGGAUCCCAAUGACAUGAUGAGGGAAAUCCGCAAGGUCCUGGAUGCCAAUAAUUGUGACUAUGAACAGAGAGAGCGUUUCUUGCUUUUCUGUGUCCAUGGAGAUGGGCAUGCAGAGAACCUUGUCCAGUGGGAGAUGGAGGUGUGUAAACUGCCAAGACUGUCCCUGAACGGAGUUCGCUUUAAGCGGAUAUCGGGAACAUCCAUAGCUUUCAAAAACAUUGCUUCCAAAAUUGCCAAUGAGUUAAAGCUGUAACGAGAAAACAAUAGUUAAGUUGUAAAUUAGUUAGCAAUUUCAAGUGUUUUUGAGAAUUCCGAUGGAAAUGUAUAGAAUAACAUUUAGGCAAUAACUUCUGCAUCCUUCUGAAUAGUGAUAUUAAAACAAAAGCUGCUGAGCUGGGAGGGAGAGUUGGACUUUUUUAUAAGUGCACUACAGCAUUAAAGUUGCCUACUAUGUAAAAUAUUACCCCUUCUGCUUUAUUUCCAUUGCUCCCAAGUCUUUGACAACAAAUUGAAACACAGAAUAUAUUCCUUGAGAUAUGCCUCCCGUUUGUGUGGGUGUGUGAAUGUACAGUAUGUGUGUAUAAUAUAUAAAGUAUUCUAUGUAAACGAUUCAUUGACAACAUCGAGCUGUACCAGUACCUCUUUUUGGGCUAAUUUUGGUGCUAAAAAUUGAAAUGGCCAAGGAGGAAAACACUUGAGUUAAUAUUUAAAACAACUGAAGCGAUAACCAGUACGUGCAGGUUUACAGUUCACUGCUGUGUUAAGGAAGAAAAAAAAAAAGUGUGUGAAGGGUUUGGAUUUACGGUUGUGAACAUUAUUAGUCCUGUUUUCUAAGUAGAUCUCCUGAGAUUAUUAAAAGUUCACUUUUACUGAGUAA